AUGUCUGAUGAAUCGUUGUCUUUACGACAUCAAAGAGCUUUAGAAAUAUUGCAAGAUCCAGAAUUUAAAAAGUAUUUUGAGGAUAUUGUCAAAAAGUUUAUUAAUAGAAAAGUGUUGAAGGAGUGGAUAGAAGCAGGAGAACUGUAUGAAGAGGAUGAUGAUGAUUUAGCAUACUUUGAAUAUAAGAAAAGCGAAGCUCGUAAAAAUGGCGUUAACUCUGGAUCAGUUAGUACUGUUACUGAAUCAAGACCAGUUGGAAUCGGCGGAUGUAACUCUCCCAACGGAGAAAAACAAAAUAUUGGAAGUAUGUCUAGGAUUUACCCCAACUGUGACCAGAAGUCUGGGAAGGAAAGCUCGACUAGUACUCCUGCCAGCAAACAGUCUACCUUAUACAAGAACAAUAAACAUCGUG